AUGUGGUCUUUCCUUGCCCUCGCAGUGCCCGUGUUGCUGGGUAGCUUGCAGGCUGUGACUGCCGUGCCAACCAUCUCGGCUGUCGGGUCCAAGUUCUUCUAUGAGAAUGGAACCCAGUACUACCUGAAGGGUAUUGCCUAUCAGCUCACUCCCCACGACCCGCUCGUCGACACUGCCCAAUGCAAACGCGACAUCGCUCGCAUGUCCGAGCUGGGCGCCAAUGCUAUUCGCGUGUACCACGUGGAUGCUUCAGCAGACCACAAGGGCUGCAUGUCGGCCUUUGCGGAUGCAGGGAUCUAUCUGUUUGUCGAUCUGGAUACCUUCAACACGCAGAUUGAGCAGACCGACCCCCACUGGAACCAGACCCAGUUCGACCGCUUCAAGGAGGUGCUUGAUGAGUUCCAAAAAUUCGACAACACGGCCGGGGUUUUUGUCGGGAACGAAGUCUUGACCACGGCGGAUGGCUCGCAGGCCGCGCCCUAUGUCUUGGCUGCCGCUCGCGAUAUCAAGGCCUACCGUGAUGAGAAGGGCUAUCGCCAGAUCCCCGUUGGCUACUCUGCGGCGGACAUUGCUGAUCUGCGGCCCAUGCUGCAGAACUACCUGGCGUGCGCUGGCAACCAUUCGGACCGACUGGACUUUUACUCCUUGAAUGCCUACGAAUGGUGCGGCCAGUCGAGCUAUGAACAGUCAGGCUACAACAUCCUGCAAAAGAAUGCGACAGACUACCCUAUUCCCAUCUUUUUCUCCGAGACCGGCUGCAACACCCCGGCUCCUCGCACGUUCCACGACCAGUCAGCCAUCUUUGGCAAGAAGAUGUCGGGGACGUGGUCUGGGUCCAUCGUCUACGAGUGGAUCGAGGAAACCAAUGACUACGGCUUGAUCAGCUAUGGACCGUCGGUCAAGGCGGCCGCUGCCACCAACUCGAUCAUUGAGGACGGCUUCACGCGAAAGGGCACCCCGACCCCGGUGUCGCCUGACUUUGGCAAUCUCAAGGCUCAGUGGGCUACUCUCCACCCGACGGGCGUUCACCUCUCCGACUACCGCAAGGUGGCCUCGGGUAUCACCAACAUCAAAUGUCCUGCUUCCACCUCGGGCGGCUGGGCCGUGGACCCGAACUCACCACUUCCCACUCUGGGACAAACCUUGAGCAAGGAAGCGGCCACGACGAUGGGAACCUCGUCUACUGACGGCAAGGCGACUGCUGCUGGGUCGGGCGCCAGUGCGACGGCGACUAAGAAGAGCAGUGCCAGUGCAUUAACCAUCACCGGAACCACGGCCACAGAACGCCUGCUGGCAGUUUCUAUGCUGCUGUCUGGAGUAGUGGGAGCAGUCGCCUUUUGGUUGUGA